AUGAGAAUCAAAAGUGUAAGACGUUUUGGUCUUUUAUCUUUAGUCGAGGUUGCGGUAACAUUUAUCAUCAUAUUGCCUUUAUUGAAAACACUCUCCUCCAAGAAUGAAAAUGACUUCCUCAAAAGCUCAGGAACGGGCAACGGAAUUAAUAUAAUCAAGGUUGCGAAUAGGUUGCAAUUGAAAGAUUUCUUUCUUGCUCGAUUUUUUCCAGAGUCAGACUCAUUCAAAGAGGGGCCAUUGAAUGAUGACUUUACGAUACAACACGUCACGGGAAGAUGUGAGACAGUGUCUUGUGUUGGAUGUCAGUCUGGACUCUUCAACAAAUAUCCUUUCGAUCCAAGGUUCAGUAUUGCAACUUGUCUUCAUUACCUGCAAAAGAAGCCAGAAGGUGAAAUUCCUUUCAACUGGUACGAUUGGAAAGAUUUGGGACAUAUUAUAGACCCUUUAAUGGUCCAUGACUCCCCGAAGGGAGUGUUCCAUUGUGAAGACCUUUAUAUCGAGGAAACCAACUAUGAAGAUUCUCAAAGACAAGCGACUUCUUUCGGCGGAACAGUCAAUGUGCCAAAGAUUGAAUUAGCAGGGUCCCGCAUCGCGAACUAUUGCAUAAACAUGCAACGGUCGCCUCUAGGCUUUGAAGUUAAGCGAAUAUAUCCCAAAUGUCAGGCCAAGGCGCUGGCGCUACAGUCUGCAGUGUUUCUGUUUAGCGGAGGAGUAAAACCGAGCCAAUUAUUAUUCAUGCUUACCCCCGGCAGAACGGUGAUAUCGCAGGCUAACUCUGUGGGUGGUUAUGAUUCACUUUGGGGUAGUCCUUUGGCCAAUAUGUUUGUUGCUGAACAUUCCUCGAAUGCACCCGAUAUUGUUUUCGAUCCUAAGAUUGAGCUUAGAGAGCUACUCUCCAGGGACUUCUCCAACAAAAGCGUAUCCGGAUACGAGUACACAUCAGAGUUCCCCAUAGAGCACUUCGACUUCGACGCCAAUUUUGAGAUUGAGAAGAUCGUAGCAAACCCUAACUCAACGGAAAACGAAAAACGGUACCUGGAUAGUUUGGUAUAUUCAAAAGGCGUGAAUAGUGGCCAGAGUAAACCAUAUAAGUAUUUCCAUGAGACUGUGGAUCUCUUGGCAGCGGACGAUGAUUUCCAAGGGCACAUGGACGUGCGAUUCUUCUCAGGCCCUAUUCAAUGCAAGUGGAAGAGGCUAAGGAUACUCAAUGCUCUUAUAAGAGGUUGGCUUCGGUUCACGCAAACACAAAACAUCCGAUCGUGGCCUGCACACGAUUCCCUCGAGGCAUAUCUGUUCACUGGCUCACAAUUUCCUUGGAGCUCAACACAGGUCGUACAAAUGUCAGUUCACGACUUACACUUAUUGGCGAGAAACUUCAACCAAACUAUGGUCAUACAAUCUCCACUAGAGGGAAAUGGAAGGUUUUUUUUAGAUGUUCAACCUUUCAUUUCGUCGAGAGACCAUGUUGAUGACCACAAUAAUGUCGAUGCUCGCUUCAUAGAUGUGGACAGCGGCUUGUACAUUGACAUUUUAGGCGUAGGGUUUUCCACCAACCGCGUGAAUUCUAGAAGACUUAAAAACGAUUUUGGUGGUCAACAAAUAGAGGCUGAAGAUAUUGCAGCAUUCAACAAACAAAUGGGACUUUUGUCUGACAGGGGCGGCCGCUGCUUACUAAUUUCAGAUGUGCUUCCACUUCGCCUCUCUAGAUAUCAUGGUUUACCUUGCUGGAUCCCUCAUCGCGCCAUUACGAUCGUGAAGGAUGAAAGCCAUUUGCCCUCCGAUCUCUAUGGUCCUAAGCAAAUACGUCAAAAGCACCUUCUGCUACCAUCUUUGGGAGCUUGGGUUGAGAUGUCCAAGCUGAGGGCGCUAUUGGGCCCAAGAAAAGUUCUGAAAGCCCAUGCAAUGACUUUAAAGGAAUUGCAUUCUGUGCUUCUCCCAUUCUCUAACGAGCAAUCAGGGGAGCAUGAAGAGCUUUUGUAUUGGGUCAGGAUACAACAACAAUUUAACUUUAGGCUAAAAGAACUGGCCAUUGAAAGCGCUGAUUUGGAUGUUUCCAGGAAAGUACAAACAUUAGAGGCUCUAAACGAACACGAAAUUAAUACUUUGUCAGCCCUCCAGGAUCCAUUUAUGGCCGAGAAAAGAGGGCGCGAAUGGGAUGCAAUGGUACUUAAAGUUGACCAGUCGGUUGGUUCAAAAGGAUUUGCAAACAAUAUUAUGAGGGAAACUUUAUUCCAAGUUACGCAAAGUUUCAUAUCACAUAUGAAGGCCCAUAGUGAGCGACAAUUGGGGUCGAGAGAGCCUGAAGAGAAUGAUAUUUCCGACGUGAUAGAUACCACCCGCCUGUAUUUUUUGAGAGAAGAUAAUAACGAAAACCCACCAGACAUACCAGCUGUAUUCAGUUCAGAUUUUUUAAGCUAA